AUGCUGUGUAGUCCAAUCGACAAAGAAGAUCAGCCUUGGCGUUUGGAUCUCCAUGCUAACUCGGCUUUUAAUUACAGUAAUCAACAGAAUGACUACUUCUUUAUCGAUCGAGAUGCAAAGGCAGAUGAGUCUUUACUUGAUAUAGGCAGAGAUUCAUAUGGGUUUAAGAGACCUACGCAAUGGAUCAAAAUGCGUCAUUUGCGUCAAUUUGAUCACUAUCAUCAGCCUAUUUUAUCAAAACAACAACAAGCAUGGCAAGCUAUGCUCUCUCGAUGCAAUGGAGAACUGCCUUCUGCUAGUUAUUCUACUCUGAAAUCCAUUAUCCGAAAAGGCGUUCCUAGUAACCUUCGAGGAAGAGUCUGGAUGCAUUACAGUGGCGCAUCAAAGAAAAUGGAAGCAAAUCCUGAUGUAUACAGUUCUCUUGUAAAGACAGCAAUCAAGAUGGGUGAAUACAAUGAACAUGCUGAAGUAAUACAAAGAGACCUUCAUCGUACGUUUCCCGACAAUUCGAAUUUUGAAUGCGCCUACUUUGUUGAUCCGGAAGGCGCUACUGUUAUGGAACCCGAAACAAACUCCAAGCUCCAAUCACUGAGGCGUAUUUUGUUGGCGUUUAGUAUUUAUUCUCCCCAAAUUGGCUAUUGUCAAUCGCUUAAUUACUUGGUUGGGCUCUUCUUGCUAUUUGUGAAUACAGAAGAAGAGGCGUUCUGGCUGUUGGUAACUACAGUCAAUGAUUACAUGCCCGAAAAAAUGUAUGAUCCAACCAUGGAAGGUGUUAACAUUGAUCAGUCGGUAUUGAUGAUGAUGAUUUAUGAAAAAAUACCAAGUAUUUGGGAUAAGAUUUCAAAUGAAGGCAAGUGCUUUUGGGAAAAUAAUCAGCAAGAAGAACUGCCCCAUAUGACACUUGUUACAAGUCAUUGGUUUUUGACCAUGUUUAUUAAUAUUCUGCCUAUUGAGACUGUACUUCGCAUUUGGGAUUGCUUCUUUUUGUAA